AUGUCGUUAGAUGAUCAACCAAUUAUGCAACCCAACCCGAAAAGAGUGAAAAUUGAGUCACGGGAUACGAAUGGAACCUACAAGACUCAAUCUCGGACGAAAUGGGUGAUAGAAGCCCUUUACUCGGAGUCCGUGGUGGCUAGAUUAUGGCGUGUAGCGGCCAAGGCACUGGGAAGCGCCAACCCUCCGAUUCUCUUUCCCGAGUAUACUGGCAACGACAGUGCCUUUUAUGUCUACCGAAGCCUCGACUUCUGGACUUCUGGUUUCUUCCCAGGAUCUCUGUAUCUCCUUCUCGAACGAUUGAUGAAGUACCCUCAAGAUACACCAUUAUCGCAGGCCAAGAACGACGGAAACUCAUUAAUGCCGCAUCCGCUUCAGCUUGAGCACCUGUGCAAGUGGUGGACAGCUAAUCUGCAUCAAAACGCACUCAAGCAUGAUACCCAUGAUCUGGGCUUCAUGAUCGCACCAUGGGCAAUGAAAGCCUGGGAGCUUCAGCGGGAUGCGGCCGCAUACAAUAGUCUUAUAAUGGCAGCACACUCCCUUGCGAGUCGUUUCAACAGUACCACUCAGUGCCUGCAAAGCUGGGACGUCUGCGUCACGAAUCGGUACUCCUUCACAGAUCCUUCGAAAGACUUUCUCGUCAUCAUUGACAACAUGCUGAACUUGGAUCUGUUGUUUUGGGUUGCCCGUGAGACCUCAAACAGCUUGCUGUUUGAUAUUGCCCGGGCGCAUGCGAAGACGACACAGAAGCAUCACAUACGGAAAGACAAUACUACAUUCCAUGUGGUGAAUUUUGAUGCUCAGACUGGAAACGUGAAAGCCAAGUUCACGAACCAGGGCUACAGUGAUGAUAGUUGCUGGGCGCGUGGUCAGGCUUGGGGGAUUCUGGGCUUCAUGCAGACCUUCGGGUGGACUAGCGACAAGUCCUUCCUCGAAACGGCGAAGGCGCUGGCUGAUUAUUUCCUGGCGCAUCUCCCAGCUGAUGGCGUUCCUUAUUGGGAUUUCACUGCGCCCGUUCUUGCCACGAGCCCAAGAGAUACUUCAGCAGCUAUGGUUGCUGGCUGCGGUCUUUUACUUCUUCACAAGGCGCUGAAAGGUACCUCGGAUGGAGACCACUACCUGCGAGAGGCUAUUAAUCUCGUCGACGCCACGGUCACGAAGUUCUUGAAUCCGCCAACUAUUCAGUUCCAAACCACUCAAUGUACAUCCAAGGUUCUUGUUUACCCGGAAGGCUGCUUGGAUGAGAACGAUAGCGACGGUUUUAAUAAGUUGACUGUUGGGGAUCAGUUAACUUCGAAACCGCGUGAUACAAUUCUGGAUGGAGCCACUAUCAACAACUACGAGUUCGCGCCCCGCCGGUGGUCUAAUCAUGGACUUGUCUACGCGGACUACUACUUCCUACUUUUUGGCAAUAUGCUUCUCGAGUUGGAUUUGGUGAACGGGGAAUCUCAAUGCAUUGAUUGA